UCACUUUCGUGAAAAGGAAAACGGCUAUUCCCCUUUUACUUUGCAUAAAAAGAAAAGUAAUUACUUUUGUGAAAAGGAUAAAAAGGGAAAGGUGUGUUCCCCUUUCACUUUGCACAUACGAUUUAUGCCGAAGAUUAAUUACCUUAAUCUUACAAUCAUUCCUAUCACCUUUUCACUCUCUUGUAUUUGUUCUUUCAUGCCAGUUUUCCGAGUAUACAAAUUAAGAUUGAAAACGUAAUCAAGCUUUCAUGGAAAAUGAACUAGAACACCUAACUUUUGAAACAUCAUCAAAUAACAUUAAUCCAGACUCCUCAGUACGUCGCAAAUUAGAUCAACCUAAAAAUCCUUAUUUGCCUGAUGAUCGUGAUCAAUAUUCAUCGACCACAGAGAUCACUAAAGAACAAUCAGAACAAGAUGAUGCAGGCAAGGCUGGUAUCAAUAUCCAAUUAAAAGAUGAUCUCAACGAGACGAAAAUUGAAGAAUCAGCUUCUUCUCUCUUGCCUCCUGAUCUUCGCAGUGUCUCUGAAGAGAUUGAUCAAUACCUCACCAAGUUAUCCAACGAAUACCAGCCCCCCGAUCACGUUCCUAUUUGUGUGCAACAAUUUGCUGAUCUUGUCGAAGCCAAAAUUGCAAAUUAUGACGAUAGCCACGCGCCUAUCAAAUGGACCGAAGAAAGCGCCACUUCUUUUUUAGAGGCCGUGUUUCGAAUUUCCAAGCUAUAUACCUCUCUCUGUAAAUUCUCUUCUGAAACAGAAUAUGCAUACUAUAUCAAUCGUGUUGGUGGUGUUCUCCAACAUGCAAUGUCGUACAUAGAGGAAGAAUUCAAGUCCCUUCUCGACGAUUCCAAGCUCAUUAACCCUGGUUCAGAUCACUUCAUCAAUGCGAAGCCUGAGCAAUCUCCAGUACCGUCAACUAACAAUCAAGAUCAUACUGAACAGAGUUCCCUGCUUCCAGGGACGCCUGAUAUGGAAGAAUAUAAAUUUCCAGGCUACUCUGAGGAAAUCAUAAAAAACCUGAAUGGAUUAUCCAAAGCAAUGAUGGCUGGAAGCUAUGAAUCAGAAUGUUGUCAAGCGUAUCUCAUAGCACGGAGGAAAAUUUUGGAGGAAAGCUUGUAUAAGCUCGGGUUUGAAAAAUAUAGCAUCGACGCUGUGCAAAAGAUGCCGUGGGAUUCAUUGGAGACAGAGAUCGUUGCUUGGAUUAGAGCAUUUAGACAAUGCACUAAUGUGCUCUUCUCCAGAGAACGUGAGCUCUCACACGCCGUAUUUGGCAAUCAGCAACACCAAUCAAUUUCCGAGACCAUCUUUGUUACCUUGUCUCGAGGUAUGUUGUACCAGCUCCUUAAUUUUUCAGAAGCUGUGUCCAUGACAAAGCGCGCUGCAGAAAAACUCUUCAAGUUUCUCGAUAUAUAUGAAACCUUGCGAGAUCGCCUUCUUCCACUCGUAGACAGUAUAACAUUUCCUGAUGAUUAUGCAAACGAGCUUAAGGCUAAAGCUUCCUUGAUCCGGACCAGCCUUGGCGAGUCAAUGGUUUGUAUAUUUUCGGAGCUUGAAAAUUCAAUCAACGCGGAUGCGAACAAGAGUACUCCAGUUCCAGGUGGUGCUGUUCAUCCAUUAACUCGCUACAUCAUGAAUUAUCUAAAAUACGCUUGCGAGUAUAUAGCCACAUUAGAGCAAGUGUUCAGAGAACAUCAAAAAAUAGACACAGCAAAUUCACAUAAUGCUGAUAAUCAGACUAAUUGCAACAACAAUAACACUGAGCUAUCGCCUUUCGCGAAGCAGAUAAUGAAGGUCAUGGAUCUAUUGGAUUCACAUCUAGAGUCAAAAUCAAGGCUAUACAAAGAUCCUGCAUUAAGCUCAAUUUUCAUGAUGAAUAAUGGUCGAUACGUUUUGCAGAAAAUUAAAGGAUCACCGGAGAUAAACGGUUUGAUGGGUGAUCAAUGGUACAGAAAGCGAUCUACGGAUCUAAGACAAUACCACAAGACGUACCAAAGAGAAACAUGGGGCAAACUGUUGCACUGUUUGAACCAAGAAGGACUAAACGUAAACGGGAAGGUGAAUAAACCGAAUUUAAAAGAGAGGUUCAAGAGCUUUAACGCUGUGUUUGAUGAGAUAUAUAAAGCGCAAAGCAAUUGGGUAAUUAGCGAUGAACAACUGCAAUCGGAGCUGAGGGUUUCCAUAUCAAACAUGGUUGUACCAGCGUACAGGUCAUUUUUGGGCAGGUAUAGUCAAACCUUUUACCCUGGAAGGCAGACAGAAAAAUAUGUAAAGUACCAGCCUGAAGAUAUAGAAACGUCUAUUGAUGAGCUAUUUGAUGGAAAUGCACCAUCCAUGGGGAGGAAUAAGAAGUUGUAAGAAAUUAGAGAGAAAGACAACCUUUGUCUGUUUUGGACAGUUGUGACAGCAAGUUUACAUGAGCAGAUCAUAAGUUUAGUGUAAAAUUGCGAUAAAUAGUAAAUCUAAAUCUAAAACUUUAAAAUUACCAUAUUUUCAAUACUAAAAAUCUUAUAGGUUGAAGUUAUAAAUCUUAACUCCUAAAUCGGCAGAUGAUUUUGGAUUGAGGAGUAGUGGAAGCUGAAUCUUUUCAAUAAAUUAUUCAUCAUUUUCUGGUGGUAGAGUUCCAAGUUGUGGUGAUAUUACCUAGAUACGUAUAAACGUAUAUCCAAUUGUUGUACUAUUAUAGACUGACAACUUAUUUUGUUGACAGAUGUUUCCUAGCAGUGGACUAGUGGUACAGCCUACAAAACAAACCUUUCUUUUGUAUUUCCAAUU